AGCCGAGUCUAGACAUCAGCUGACAAAUGAAUUUUCGGCAGUCAUCUGCGAGAAUUCGCUCACGAAUAACCUUGACGAUUUUACUGCCAAAACCCAUGUCAUUGCUCACAGUUUCGUGUGUUACUCAACCCAAUAUACUUCGAAGUCAUCUCCAAGUUCGUCUCUUCCAGUAUGUGCCGAAACACAAACCGUGCUCGAAAGAAGACAUCGAGAAGCUCCAAGACUUCGUCUCCCGUAAGAAAAACCUCCUCGUCCUAACAGGAGCUGGCAUUUCUACGGAGAGUAACAUACCGGAUUACAGGUCUGAAGGUGUGGGACUGUACUCUCGCAACACGUACCGACCGGUUUCGUACAAAACUUUCACAACGAGCGCCAAAGCGCGACAACGGUAUUGGGCAAGAAACUUUGUCGGAUGGCCACGGUUUAGUGCUGCUGAGCCCAACAUCACCCAUCGGACCCUAGCCGAAUGGGAGAAAAACGGACGAAUAAGCCUUCUGGUGACGCAGAACGUUGACGGACUCCACCGUAAAGCAGGAUCCAAGCUCCUCACGGAACUGCAUGGCACAAGCUUUGUCGUCAAGUGUUUGUCUUGCAGUGUAACGAUGUCCAGACACGAAUUCCAGAAAAUUUUGCACAAAAUGAACCCAUAUCUUGAUCUAGAGGUCGCAGAAAUUCGACCAGAUGGUGAUGUGCACUUGGAUGGAAAGCUGGUUGAUAACUUUAGCUAUCCGGACUGUCAAUGUGGAGGAAUUUUGAAGCCGGACGUUGUGUUCUUCGGCGAUAAUGUCCCUCUAGAACGAGUCCGUUACGUUUACGACAAGUUGGACGAGAGUGACGGGUUACUAAUUUUAGGCAGUUCUCUCGAAGUGUAUUCGGCGUAUCGGUUUCCCCUGAAAGCGGUUGAAAUAGCGAAGCCCACGAUGAUAGUCAAUAUCGGACCAACGCGAGCGGACAGAUUGCCGGGUGUGACCAAUAUAUCGGCUCGCUGUGGAGAAAUAUUGCCCGACGUAAUAUUAUGAUGAUAUAGAAGUUGCUCAUUCAUUGUCUUUGUUGAAGUCUUUGAAUGACAUAAUUUAUUGCAAACUGCAAGACUUCGGGUGAAUAAACAUUGAACUUUCUGCA